AUGGCCACUACUUGUGAUUUCUUCGAAGAGGGAAAGCAGCAAUUCGGAAGUGUUGCAGAUGGGAAUGGUAACGGGAACGCACCAGUCAAGUUCCCAAGCUUCAAGUCAUCUAAGCCUAGCUUCAGCGAUGCUGGCAAACAUAGUGUCAUAGAUGUUUUUCCUCUACUUGGCAAGGAUGCUUCUUUCCCUUCAAAAGAAGACCGUGGCAUCGAUACUUCACUCGUCAAAGACGUGUGUACUAUCUCAGUCCUACCUGAUGAAGGAAACACAAUCCCGCAAUGUACCUCUCAGUUCACUCUCUUGAGCUUCGUCAAGGCUCUCCUUCCGUCUAAAAGUCAGAUGCUGAUCGACGCGCAGCUGAAUUGUCAGAAAACGCAGAACCGCAUCAAUGUGCUACUGGGAGGCACAGAUUCGUACCAGUCAUGCGUCGUGGACAUAAAUGUCGAGAAAGGGAAUGGUGGUGAGACCCAUGACGAACUUGUUGGGAGUGUCAAAUCAUCUGAGAGUGUACAUAUGCAGAAGAUAUUACAGAGACAAGCAAGCAUGAGCACUGAUAAAGCGAUCUCUGAGAGAUGCCAUGAAGCACCAACGAACAGAUGGAGAAGAUACAAGCGUGCAGCUUCAUUUGACUCAAGGAAGAUCGUCAUCCUAUUCUCCAUCUUAUCAAGUGUGGGGACAUUGAUAUUAAUCUACCUGACACUUAGAGUGAGGCAAAACGGUGACAACAGCUUCAAUCAUAUGUAA